AUGUCACUCGUUCUGUGGACCAUCUGUGGGCUUUUUUCAACCGGAUGUGCAUUGUGUUUCGCCGAACUUGGUGCCUGUAUCCCACAAUCGGGCGGCGAGUACGUCUACAUACGACGUGCGUUUGGUGACACGCUUUCAUUCGUAUGUUUGUGGAUAAAUUUUAUCAUAAUACAACCAGUCGGAAAUGCUGCAUCAACGUUGAUAUUUGCAACGUACGUUCUACGACCAAUUUACUACGAUUGUGAGCCACCGAAUUCGGCCAUACGUUUGUUGGGCGUUUGUGUUUUUACUCUCUUGACAGCCAUUAAUUCUUUUAAUGUGAAAUGGGCAACUAAAGUCCAGGUGAUUAUAACCGGAAGUAAACUGAUCGCCAUUUUAAUUGUCAUAGUGAUUGGAUUGGUGUGGAUAGCUAACGGUCACACUGAAAAUUUCAACAAUUCAUUUGAUGGUAGUGAUUAUCGAGCCGGAUCUAUUGCCAUCGCUUUUUAUUCUGGAUUCUGGGCAUUUGGAGGCUGGAACUAUUUGAGUUUUCUGGCGGAUGAAGUCAUCGAACCUCAUAGAAACCUGCCACUGGCAAUAAUAAUAUCAAUGAUGAUAAUAAUCAGCGUGUAUCUGGUAGCUAACGUGGCUUAUUUUACCGUCCUUACACCAACCGAGAUGCUUCAAUCAUCAGCUGUAGCUGUGACUUUUGUUGAACAGACUGUACCAGGUAUAGUGUACAUCAUGCCUGUAUUAAUAGCUAUCUCCGUCAUGGGCAGUAUGAACGGCGCUAUGCUCUCAAUGUCAAGAUUGUUUUAUGUUGGUUCUAAAAAUAAUCAUCUACCCAAAAUAAUUUCAAUGAUCACCAUCAAGUUUAAAACUCCGGCCCCUUCUCUAAUCAUUAUGUGUAUUCUUACAAUUAUUAUGCAGAAUUUCAAAGAAAUAUUUUAUUUGAUUGAGAUGAUGGGUUUUGGUUUUACGAUAAUUCUAACGUCGACCUUAGCGUCCUUGAUAUAUCUAAGGUGGAAAGAACCCUACUUACACCGUCCGAUUAAGCUGCCGUUGAUUCUACCUCUGACUAUGUUAAUUAUCAGCCUAGUUCUGGUGAUUUUAACCAUCUACCAGAAACCACAAGAAAGCGGUCUUGCUCUGAUCAUCAUCUGUUCUGGCUUACCGUUAUAUUUCUUUGGAAACUGGAGACACAAACCGACCUUCAUACAAACCAUAUUAGGUAAUCAUUAG